CUUAUUCUCAUUCGUUCAUGAGUAAAAUGGCGAAUGUGAUGCGAAUGUCGUUUUGCUAAAUGAUGUCAAAUGUUUUCAUUUAAAAUCGGUCUUUCUUAUUGUUUAAUUUGUGCUUAAAUUAGGAUUAUAAAAAGAAUAUAGUAAAUAAAAUACAAUCAAGAUGAUGAUAACAAUUCUUGGGUUUCCACCCAAAACAAAAUAUCAAGAUGUCAAGAUAUUAAUAAAGCAAGAGUGCAAUAUUAGCGACUUCAUCCUUGAUAAUCUUGUAAAUGACAGCACUGCGGUCGGUACCAAAAAAGUGAGAAUAGGUCUCACUGAUAAUGCCGAGGGCUACAAAGUAAUGAAAUGUCUCGAUGGGUAUCGGAUGCCCGGCAAUUACGUUUUGAAAGCGAUGCCAGUGGGAAAAACUGCUACAAACUUACCAACACAGGGAGCUUUUGACACCCACAUGAGUUAUCAAGACCAUCCUAGAAAUGAUUACUCCGCUGCUCCCAGAAAUGACUAUAUGGGUCAAAGCAAUAGCUUCAAUAACCAACCCCAUGGGAGUGGCAUGCAUAGCACAGCAGCUCAUGUGGCAAGGCCCACUCAUGGGCAAGGUGGGCACUCUGGCCAAAUGGAAAUAAAUCGUCCCUCACCAUGGGCCACAGGAAACAACUCCACCCAAUGGACUGCGGGUCCAUCAAUGGCAUCACAGGUGCCCCAAAAUACAUUUGGAGGAUUUAAUUCUCCUCAAGCUAGUAUUACUAGCCCUUUUGGACAACAGCAUCAUCAAAAUCCAGUACAUUCUCGGCCUGAUAUGAGGCCAGGCUUCAACCAAACUAGAACCCACACGGAACAAACCUACGGAGGAUACCCACCCAAGACCAAUGUGCCUGAAGUUCAGCCACGUCAAGAAACACGUCAUGCCCUAAGAAGCAUUGAGACGGUGGAUACCAAUACUGCUUCCCGAGCGCCCAUACAUGCUCGGUACCCGCCUAGUCAGCCGUACCAGCAAGAAAAAUCGGUGACGAUUAUGAAGGACAACUUCCAAGGUCCGACGCCGUACAAUAUCAGUAACCCUGGAGCACAGGCAGGCUCUGGCGGACAGCAAUAUCCCACAACUGCACCGUCAUCGUCACCUUGGCAAUCACAGGAGUAUGAGAAGAGGCAUGGAUUCUCCCCAAGGCGAGAAACUAUCGCCCAUGGUGGAAGGUCGGUGGAAAGAAGACCAUCACCGCCUGCUAGGAGAAUAUCACCGCCUGGCAGAAGAGUUUCUCCCCAUGCGAGGAAGUUUUCACCGGCUGGAAAGAGGCCGUCACCUGAUCGUCAUGUACUGACGCAUCACACCGCGUCGCACUCCCACCACCCAGGACGCCGUGACUCCCCCCACAAGAGACCGUCUCCAAUGAGACGGCUUGUGUCCCCUCCUCGAAGAACUUCACCAGGCCGCAGACCAUCUCCUGGAAGACGGGAUUCUCCGCAGAGAAUGAGCAGGUAUUCACCGGAGCGUCACCACUCGGACAAGCUAGACAAGUUCGCGCAGGACAAGUUGAAACAAGUCCGGCCUGCGUACGAGCCCAGCAGCCAUGCAUCAAACCAAGCUAUGUACUCAGGUGGUUACCGUUCCGACGUCCGCGACAGUGUUCAGUAUAUGCAGGGGGUGAGGCAGGGCCCGCGGAUCUCACCGUGGCAAAGAGAUGAACCUGCCGCUUUGAAGAAACCAGACGACGACAGACGUGACCUCACAAGGAUGCAGAUGGGUAGAGACCGCAUGCCCGACGCAGUAGUAGAUCCAAAACACGGAAUCACUCCACAAAGGAAGUCCCGCUCACCAGUCCGACGCGAAAGAUCUCCGCUAAGAGACCGCUAUAAGAGGCACUCCCCCUCCCCUCGCUCGUCCCACUCGCCGCGCCGCUCCUGGGCUCUCGAGAAACGUCGCAGUCCCGAGAUACGCGACGCGCCCCCACCCCCAUCCUGGCCUGGACAGAAAGGACGCGAGGCUGAGUCCUUCUCCAGAACCCCUCGUACGUUCCCUGAGAGAGAGCAAGACGAGGGUCCCAAACAUGUUCCGGUAUGGCAGCGACCAUUCGGGAAAGACGAGGAUCCACGCGACAGACGUCCCGACAACAAUGACAGAAGACCAUUCAUCGAAGAUAAAGUUCGACCCACCAAAGAGGUGCCGGUGAGAGAACCAGUGCCACACCCCAGCCACAGCGAGCGCUUCGUUCAAAGGGAGCCGAAAUUCACUCCACGAGAUGAUUACGAAGCAGACCGCCGUGAUGCUUACCGUCGGAGGGAGCCUUCAGUUGAACGGAAACCUCAUCCUCAAAGGGAAGACUACGAACAAGUUCGUAGACCGCGGGAGCACGAGGAACGCAUGCACCCAGACGAAUACCACCGCCGUAGAGAGCCAUCACCCCGCCGCGACAGUAGGAAAGAUGAUGCUGCUAAUCCAAUCAUCGAUAAAGAUUUUGAAGACAUCUACAAGAGAGCUUUACAGUUCAAAAAGAAAGCAGAGGAAUUACGCCGGUUGGGUUCCAAGAAAAGAGAUGAUUAUGUGGAGGACGAAGCGAGGAGCUACCACAGCGAGAGAGAACGCGAGGAUAGAUCGCAGCGCUAUGAGGACCGGCAUAGGUACCGCGAAGAAGAACUUCUGCGGCACAGGGAACGUGAGGAGAGACCGCGAGAUGAUAGACCACGAGAUGAUAGACCACGAGAUGAUAGGCCAAGGGAUGAUAGACCAAGGGAUGAUAGACCACGGGAUGAUAGAUCGCGGGACGAUAGACCACGGGAUGACAGACCGCGGGAUGAUAGAUCGCGUGACGAUGGGCCGCGAGAUGACAGACAACGGGACGACCGACCUCGUGACGAUAGACCCCGCCACGAUCCACGGCCGGAUGACAUGCGCCGUCCAGAGUUCCGUCCUCGCGAGGAAUACUCGAAGCAACCUGAACGCGAACAAGAUCGCCGGUUCACUGUCAACCCUGCUAUUAGGGUGAAACGCGACAAAGCCAUUGAGGAGAUAUGCAAGAAACUGCUGGACAAACACCCGCAGUACCAGCCGGCCAAGGAGGAGUACCGGGCGCGAAUUAUGGAGGAACUACAGCUCGCCAUCGCGCGCAUCGUGUUUGACAUGUUCGGAGACAGCGAUGUCGCCUUCAUCGAGAUUAUCAUCAAGUUCCAAGCCAAGUACUCGUACAAGGACGAAGAGAAGAUAUUGCAGGACGUAAUGUCGUCGCUGCCCAGCCACUACAGGGCCAGCAAGAGACAGGCGCCAGAGCCGGCGGAGGUCCCCGCCAAGGUCGCUCGCCGCUCUGCGAGCCCCAGCAUAAAAACAGAGCCCGAUGCAAGACCCAAGUUAAGCCAAUCUAGAUGGAAUGUGGACAUGUUGCCACCUGAACUGGUGACCAUGCCGAUGCUAAGCAUGCAGCCGGGGAUGGCGACCGUGUUGCCCCCGGGGGUGGUGCCCAUGAUGGUGCCGGCACCAUUCAUGCACCCCUACAAACCCGUGUCGCCCACUCCAGUGUUCGCUCCCGAGCCCGAGCAGCUCCAGUACCAGGAACAAGCUUCCAGCUCCGACGACGACAUGCACAAGCUGUACCUGUGCAAAGACGAUUUUGAUCAAAUUUCAGCUCACCAGGCGGACCUCCUGAAAGAGUUUCUCAUCACUCAAAUGAUAAAGGAAACACAAAUUUCUCAGGGGUGGGCUCCAGAUUUUACUCUCAAAGGUUUACAGAAUACAUAUCGCUACGAGAUACUGACCAAAGACGACAUCACCCGGGACUGGCUCAUCAAUUUGGACUUCAGCCAGUUCGAGCCGUUCCACGUGCUAGCGUACACCAAGGAGGAGCUGUGGUACCAGCGCGCCGCCGUGUGGCUGCCCGGCCACUCGCGCAGCCGCAACAUCGAGCCGCUCGACAAACUCAAGCUGCAGAACAAGAAGCUCGAGGGCGUCAACGUCCACUCCUGGAAGUACGUCAAGAAGAUUGUCACGCAGAAGGGGACCAGGCUGUACGUCGACAUGCCGCCUGCCUCCGCGCGCGCGCUCGAGAAGCACAAGAUGAUGCUUAGCUACGAGCUGCAGAAGGUGAACGUUUUUCUGAAAUCGGUCGCCGUCGAUAAGAACGUUUUCGAUGCGGGCCUCAAGCAGCAAUCCACCAUUACCACUUCUCAGAUCUCGGACGCCAUACAGAAUUCUCCGAUGCCGUCUCUCUCGUACGACCCGUCACUUGUUAAAAUAACUCUCAAAGGUUGCAAAACUCUGACUCUCACGCAGGCACGUAAGAUAAAAGAGGUUCUAAUUUACCAAAUGUUCCGCUACCAUCAGCAGGAUGGUAGCUCUAGGACAGACUUUAUUAAGUACGGUUUUUUCCCUCCGAACAGUUUCGGUGUGAUUCCACAAAAUCCGGAAACUAAAAAGUGGUUGUUGAGUCAGCAUUUAGGCAAGGUGAACAGGCAGACUAUCGUCGUGCAGGGCGGCCAGGACGAGUACACUCGCUAUUUCAGAAUGACUGCUGUCGUACCCAACGAGAAUUACAUCGUCCCUGGGAUAGUGGCGGAGAGGAUCAAACAGAGUAAUCAGGGUGUGAAGGGGAUCAAUUUCAAUCUUUGGAAACCUAUUAGGGCUACGUCUGAAUGGAAGAAGGCUAUGUUUGAGGUAGACAUAGAUUUAGAGUCGUUAGAGACGCUGUCGCACAUGAAGUAUCAGUUAGACUACGUGGACCAGUUCAACGUGACGCACUCUGUGUACUUCAAGUCGGAGCACACCGAGGAAGCGCUUGAGGAUAUGAUACACAAGUACAAGGCGGAGAUGUCGGACAGUUACGACGUCGCUAAUAUGGACUUAGAUUCGGAUUCUGGUGAUGACGUCAUUUGUUUAGAUUAAGUGUUUGAGGGUGUAAUGUUUAUUUAGUUGAUAAUAUGUACCUACGGUGUACCUAAGGUAUGUGAAACAAGUUCUUUGUAAUAAAUGUAUUGAACUAAA